UGGUUAUUUGACUUUGUGAUGCACAUCCUAGUUUGAUGAAUAACUGAUUAAAAUGAAAGAAGGAGCUAUUAAAUUGUACUUACUAUGCAUCGUUAGUGAAAUUUGGCGUUUGUGGAGGAUCCAUACUAUGUAGCUGACAAUACAAAACAUCGAAACAAAAGUAACACAUAUCAGGAAUAGCUACAGACUCUUGGUAACCAUUCAAAGGUCGUUCCACAUUAUUACUAUAAGAGUUAUUGAGCUUCUGCUUUUUAGUUCCACAGCAAACUGAAGACAUAAUGAACAAUAUUAGAUCAAAUUCUAAUAUGAAAGAAAUCAAAAAUUCAUGAAAGUAAACGAAAUCAAACACACUCCAACAGGGUUUAGUAAAUUGUAUGGAUUUUUUUUUUAAUUUUUCUUGACAAUACAUUUCAUUCUGUCUAUUGUCUAUGGUUUAAGUCCAUGAAAUGAAAGUUUAUAUAUUUUAAAAAGAUGGCGGUGAUGAUAUUUUAAACUAUAUUUAUCUUAUAUUUAUAAUGUCUAUGAAAUGGAGAACAGAAUAGCAUCCCAUAAAAACAAAAAUUAGUCUAUGGUACGAUGGAUGUCAUUGAGUUUUGUAGAAAAAAUAAAAGAAGCUUAUUGUGUGAAUAAAAUGAAGUUGUAUUCGUGAAUUAUGUGCAUUUUUUACAAUUUCCCGGUAGAUAUAAGCUAAAUAAUCACCUAGUUGUAGUAACAUCAAUAAAAUAAUGUAUAGUGUAAAGGCUAAUUGAAGUUCCGACGAUGGCGUCCGAUGGAGAAAUUUCAUGUACGAAUGAUCCAAAUUUUGCUGUUAUUUACUCCUUUCUAAAAGUGUUUGGAAAUAUAUAUGGCUUGGAGGUACCGACAAUAGCAAAACUACAAGAGUGUAUUGAGAAUACACAGGAAGUUCUAGAUCCAUUGCGAGAAUUACAUUUAAGAUUACUGCGACGUGCAUUGAAAUCGGUACAAAGCAAUCGUUGGGAAAGGUGUCUAAUAAAAUUCUGUCAUCAACAAGGCAAUCAUCAAGAAGCCUGGGAAAUAGAACGAUUUUCUUACAAGAAAGCUAGCACACAAGUAAAACUGAAAGUAUUGAAGCUACUUUUAGAAUAUCAAUUUACAUGUCACCCAAAGUUUAAAUCAGCAGUGAAUUCAAUAGAGUGUAAGGAACUUCGGUUGGACCCAAUUGGAAGAGACAAAAAUGGUUGUGUAUAUUGGUAUCAAGUAGAUGAUGAAGCCAACAUGUGUUUAUACAAAGAAGAUCAGGACGAAGAGACAUGGCAAUUAGUAGCUAGGAACCGUGAAGAACUUGUCAAAGUUAUAUCUCAGUUGAAAAGUGGUGAAAAUGUUUGCCCCUUGUUUUCAAAUGCUGCCAAUGAAGAUUCAAGCAGUGCAGAUGUACCACCACAACUAGAGAGUAAGAUGACUGAGGUAGAAGAAGAAAAUGAAGAGGAGUUUCUUAGUCCUGAGUCUGAAUCAGAACAGGAAGAUAUAACAGUUUCAAAAGAAUUAUCAAAACCAGAACCAGAAAAAUCUAAUUUAAUUACAGAUAAGCAUAAUUCAGAAGAGUCUUGUGACCUAAAUUUAGAUGUUACUGAACAUAAAAAUAAAUUACCUAUCGCAGAUAACAUUGAAGAUCAAGAAAAAAGUCAAGUGACAGAAGAAUGUUCCAAAUUGGAUGAUCAACAUAGUAAAGAAAAGGAUGAAGUAAUUAGGAUAGAUGAUAACUCAAGUGAAAAAAAUAUAGAAUUAAGUAUAGAGAAUAUGGAAUCAAAUAAAAUAAGUGUAGAAGAUGAAAAAUUAGACAAAGAGAAUGAAGUUUUGACAAAAGAAGAUCAGGUUGAACAUGAAAAUUGUCAGGAAUUAGUAAAAGAAAAUGAAGAUAAAGGUGAUAAAUUGGAGGCGUUAAAUAAGGAGAGUGAUGACGCCAAUACAGAUAAGUUAGAACAAACCAUUAAUGACACGGAAGAAAAUAAAGAAGAAAACUUAGAAAUAAAGAAAUCUCCAAAUAGUCCAGCUAAAGAUGAACUUGGUGCUGCUAUAGACGAACCAGUAAUGUUAGUAACAGGGGAAGGAAAUGGUGCAGAUUGUGAAAGUUCCUACAUUGGUGAAGAAAUUAUUGAAGAAGUUAUGUUCUUUUAUGGUGAAGGUAGUGGGUAUGACAAUGAUACUGGAAAUCCUGAAACAAUAGAACAAGCAAAUAGUCCUGGAGAAAAAUCUGAUGCAGAAAACGGCAAUGAAGAAUUACAGAAUGGAGAACAUACAAUGGAGAUCACAAAUUCAAAUAAUAAAAAUAAUAAACUAAGCAAAUCUGUAAAAUUAAAAACAAGCAUGCCUACUCUGACUAAGCGGGCAUUGAAGAAGCAGCCUAAUGACACAAAUGAAGUUCUUAAAUCUGAUCCUAAAAAGCAUUGCAUUAGAAAUUUAAACAAAUCUGACAGUUCAAAUUCAAAGAGCACUGAUCUGCAACAGGAGGUUUCGGUAAAUGAUAAAAAUAAUACAGAAAGCGGGGGCUCCUGGAAAAGUAGGAUAAAAAAAGGCAGAACUAAAGUAAAGAAAAAGAAAAUAUUAACAGACAAAUCGGAAUUAAAUGAGGAAAAAGAUAUUAAUAAUGUAGGUGUAAAUUGCAAUGAUAACAAAACUAGUAUUAUAGAAAAAAGGAAAAGUAGUGUUUCCUCUGUAGAACAGGAAGAUGGUGAAAAUGCUGACACAGAAAAAGAGAAAAGUCCUGACAAGGAUCUUAAAGUGGAAGAACCUUUACCACCUAAAAAGUUAAGAUUAGAAUCUACACCAGAAAGUGAUAUUAACGAAUCACAUUCCAUAGAAAAAGAUCCUUUAGAUGUAAAUAACAGUGAAGUAAUCAAUGAAUCCAUUGAAAACCAGGAAAGUGCAAUUGAAAAUGAGCCUAUAGCUCAAAGGAAAAAAAUAAAAGCAAGUAAAGGAAAAUUUAAGAGAAAAAAGUUUUUGAAAAAUACCUCUGAUAAUGACAAUACUCUUUUAAAUAAGACAACCGAUAUUGCCACUUCUAUUGUCAAAGAGAAGAGAGUUAAUAAAUCAUUGAAAAGAUCUUUAUUAGAUGCAACUAUGAGUGACAAAAGUAAAUCUGAUUCUCACAGUGACAGUGAAGAUGAUGAACCAGUAGCAAGUGGCAAAAGAUUGAAAAUUAGGCCUAAGAAAAUUAUUAAAUCUUCAAGGAAAAAAGUCGAAGCUAAACUGUUGGAAACACAAUCUACAGAUGAAUCCGAAGAGGAGACAUUGUAUAGUAUAGCCGGUAAGAAAGCAUCGAAGAAAGUAUUAAAAAAGAAGACUCGUGGUAAAGAGGUCAAUAAAGGCAAAGAGGUCACUAAAGGCAAAGAGGUCACUAAAGGCAAAGAGGUCACCAAAGGCAAAGAGGUCACCAAAGGCAAAGAUAAUGUUGAAAAGGGUAACUCUGAAGAUUCCGAUGUGGCACCAGUGAGACAGUCUCGCAGGAUCGCUCAAAUGAAGAUCAAGGAAGAGGCCGAGAGACGGCAUUUGGAAGAGGUCACUUUGAGGGAACUCAAAAUGAUACACAAGAAAAAGGCCAAGGACGACAAGGAUGAAGAGGAGUGGCGCGCCAGCAGUUCCGAGGAAGAGAAGACCAAAGUUCGAGUCCGGGGGAAACAAAACGAAUGGCGAGCGGCCGACUCUACGGGGCCCGACCAGGACUCCGAGUCCGACGAGCCCCUGUUCGAACUGCCCGAAGAGCCCGACUUGGAGUUUAACAAAUCUGAUCACGAAUUCUCUCCGGAGUCCGACUUGGAGGCGGGCGAGCCCGCCGAGCCGUUGAAGAGGGCGCGGACCCUGCAGGAAGGCACAGACGAUGGUUUUUGCAAGCGUUGCGGUAGCGGCGAACAACCGGAAUGGAUAUUAUUAUGCGAUCGUUGCGACGCCGGCUACCACGCGUCCUGCCUCAAGCCCGUACUGUUCCUAGUGCCCCACGGGAACUGGUACUGUGCCCCGUGCGCCCAUGAUAUGUUAAUAGAAUCUCUAGAAAAAGAACUCACUAAGUACGAUGAACUCGUGGUGCGAGUGGAGGAAGAGCGAGCGCGGAAGAAGGAAGAGGAGCCGGACCCGCCCACCGAGGAAGAGAAGCCGGAGAAGGACAAAGAAGAUGGUUCCGAGUCUGACAGUAGCGGCAGUAGUGCUUGGUCCUCUCAAUCGGAAGGCGCCGUGUAUCGCUUGCGAGCGAGGCGAGCGCUACCAGUCAGCUACCAUGCCCAGGAAUACGAUCGUCUCAUCAGCUCUGCUAUUAAGGAGGAAUACGUGGAACCUACAACUAGUGCGGGCAAUCAAGGGCGGGGGAAAGACAUUUCCACCAUCAUCGAGGCGGCUGAAGAGGAGCAGAGGGAAGCGGAAAGGGAGGCUCAGGAACAGGGAAUACCAAUCGAAGUGAAGAAAUUCCGCAAGAAGACUCGUCGCAAACCGCGCAAACUCAACUCCUUAGAAGUGCCCUCCGAGGAUGACGACGAGACGGACGAAGACUUCAAGGACACAGGGUUAGAAACGUCAUCGGAAGACAUAUCGUCUUCAGCGGAGCGCGACAGUUCGAAUGAAUCUCACUCUUCUGACUCGUUGCCCAUAAGGCGGACCGGCAGAACGGAUAGGAAAGAUCGACCUAAAUUGAGGGAGUCUUCGCCCGAAGUGAAAAAGAAGAAGAAAGGCGUGCUUGAUGACACAUCCAGUGAGUCUGGAGGCACGAAGGAGUGGUCCCACAAGAAAUCCAAAAAAUCGAAACCACCCAAGCGGCGAGAGAAAUCGUCCAAGAAGUCUCGCAAACGCUCCGGCCUCACUCAGUACGAUGCGAUGGGAAACGUGAUACGAUCGCGAGUCACCUACGGAUCCCUAACGCCGGAACCCAACGACUGGUCACCAAAACACCGCACCAGGCAGAAGAAGAUCGACUACACGGAGAUGCCCAAUACAGAGUCUGAAGAUGAGAUGCAUAAAUCGAGCGGUAAACACAUGCCGGACAGCUCGGACGAGUUCAAAGUGUCAAACGACUCGGAGCUCGACUCUGACUCCGACUCGGACCGAGCCAAGAGGCGCAAGGAAGAGGCGGCGGAGAAUUCCAGCGAGGAACGGCGGAAGGCGCUCUGUGAUCUCAUCAAGAAGACUGUGGUGGUGCCGCUAGAGAAGCUUCCAGAAGACGUCACCAAGGCGAAGACGGAGGAACUGCAGGCGCAUCUUAACGCACAAUUGGCGGGAACCAGCAGUAGCGGUGGUGCUAAUGUUAGCGGGAGUGGCAGUAUUAGUGGGAGCGGACGGGGGAGGGGCCGCGGGCGGGGCAGGGGAGGGAGGGGGAGGAGCCGCCCCCAGCAGGCGCCGCGACCGCUCGACCCGGACGAUGCGCUCGCUAAACUGGUCGGCGUCAAGAUCAAAGACUUGAAACCUGACGCACCGCCAGUACCUACUAAUCAGGUUGAAAGAGAGAAGAAGAGGCAAGAGCGCGAAGCGAAGCAAGCAGAAAAAGAGGCACGAAGACUGGAACGCUUACAGAAAAAAGAGGAGAAGGAAAAACUGAAAGAGCAGAAGGCGAAAGAGCGAGAGGAGAAGAGGCAAGCGAGGAUAGCUCUACAAGAGAGCAAGAGAAUGAAGAAAGAGAAGCCUUUCUUCCCCAUGGGCGGAAAUGUGGGGUAUAAUCCCGUGGGCAUCCGACAGAUGGCGCCGGAUAUGCAAAGGCCCCAAAUGUAUCCCAGCAAUUCCCCUGCUCCUGUCGCUCACCCAGGAGAAUUUCAGGAGCAGCCGAGGUUCCCAAAUACGCCUAGGUUACAGGUUCGUGCGGAGUUGCGCGGCGUUCUCACGGGAGAAGAUCGCAUGCAGAACACACAUCGACUUGAACAACCGCCGCCGAACGCUUUCCGGGAAGGCACGUUGUCAGUAGCGGGUUCGCCUCAGCCAUACAAACCCAUCACCGAGGAGCCCAGCAUAAUAACCAGGAUGCCGCACAUGAUCAACCAGCAGUAUCGGGGGGCGAUGAUGUAUCCACCGGGCAACUCUCCGUACGGUCCCCGCCAGAAUAUGCCCAUGUACCAAAUGCAUCCGGGUCUAGGGCCACGGCCCCAAUAUCCGCCCGGGUACAACCCAUAUUUACCUUACCGAGGGCCAAUACGACCUUCCCAAUCACCCUUAAACCAUAACCCUGCACAAUCACCUUUAAGCCACGGCAAUCCAUCACAUAAUCCCUCAGGUCCACAGCAGAAUCCACCAAGACAUAAUAUACCUCCAAACCACCCAUCAAAUAUGCCCGGUCACCCAUCCGUAAAUAUACGCACUCCCAUGCAACUUCGCCCUAACCUACCCCGUACGAAUCCACCCCCAGUGACCCCUCCCAAUCCCACUCAAACCCCGCCCAUAUCAUCGCCGAAUCCCACCCCUUCCCCCUCUAACGAGCCAUUCAAAAUCAAAGCGGAAGUGAAAACGGAACCGGAAUACCGUUCUCCCGCCGGUUCCCCCUCCCCUCGACCGCCAUCGCCGGAACCUCCCCGAAAUCACCCUAAAAUAAAACACACUGAAAACAAAGAUCGCCGUCCCCGCUAUCCCCUAGGCCCGUACGCACCACAAUAUGGUCCAUACGGCCCUUACGCCCCCGAUCCUUCGGCUUUGCAAAGGAUGCAUCAAAUGCAGUAUAUGCCCAAUGAGCGCGAAGAUCCGAAUUUACAAUCGCAGUAUUUACGAGGUCCUCGGCCACAGUUUGUUAGGGCGAAUCCACCUUACCGGGCAUCUUACGAGCCGAGACCGGGUGGGCCUUACGCGGAAUCGUCUAGAUUAAUGGCACCUUACCCUGAAGUAACUAGACCUCAGGGUCCUUAUACCGAACCUACGAGACCUCCGGGGCCUUACGGUGAACCGAAUAGACCGCCGGGACCUUACUCUGAAACGACCCGAACUCCGGGUCCUUAUCCGGAAGGAACAAGACCACCGGGACCUUAUUCAGAAGGAGCAAGGCCACCAGGACCUUAUUUGGAUUCUCCUAGACCCCCAGGACAUCCAAGACCAACAGGGCCUUAUUCAGAAUCUCCAAGGCCGCCGGGACCUUAUUCUGAUUCGCCAAGGCCACCAGGAACUUAUUCGAACUCUACGAGGCCACCAGGACCUUACUCAGAAACUCAAAGACCGGCAGGACCUUACUCAAACCCCACGAGGCCACCAGGACCUUACUCAGAAUCUACAAGGCCAACGGGGCCUUACUCUAACUCAACGAGGCCGCCGGGAUCUUACUCUGAAUCUACAAGACCGCCAAGGCCCUACACGGAAUCUGCAAGGCCUCCAGGUCUUUACUCAGAGUCUAUGAGACCGACAGGAACUUACUCAGAAUCUCCCAGACCGCCAAGGCCUUACUCGGAAUCUUUAAGACCGUCAGGGCCUUACUCUGAAUCUACGAGGCCGCCAGGUCCUUACCCUGAAACACCAAGACCACCGGGACAUUACACAGAAUCGCCGAGGCCGGCGAGACCUUACACGGAAUCACCAAGACUACCGGGACCUUAUUCAGAAUCACCGAGGCCACCGGGACCUUAUUCAGAAUCGCCAAGACCAUCGGGUCCUUAUUCAGAAUCACCGAGACCACCGGGUCCUUAUUCAGAAUCACCGAGACCAUCGGGUCCUUAUUCAGAAUCACCGAGGCCGGUGAGACCUUACACAGAAUCGCCGAGACCAGCGGGACCUUAUUCAGAAUCACCGAGGCCACCGGGACCCUAUUCAGAAUCGCCGAGGCCACCGGGACCUUACCCAGACACUCCUACGCCACCGGCAUCUUACUCAGAAUCGCAAAGGCCGCCGGGACCUUAUUCCGAUACUCCAAGGCCGCCGGGACCUUACUCAGAAUCGCCGAGGCCACCGGGACCUUACGCAGAAUCGCCGAGACCUCCGAGACCUUAUUCAGACACUCCUAGGCCGCCGGGACCUUACUCGGACAGUCCUAGGCCAUCGGGACCUUUCGCAGAAAGGCCGAGACCACAGGCACCUUACGUAGAAUCACCAAAACCGCCGGUAACAUACACUGAAUCUACAAGACCGCCAGUCCCAUACACCGAAUCGAACCGUCCCGUGCACCCGGAGAUUGGAGAAACACUUGAACCAACUUCAUCACCGAAAUCGCUGGACGAAAGACCCCCGAGUCGAGAACCUGCCCAACCGGAAGUGACUAACGGCCUAGUGCUGAAAUCCGAACCGCCGGAACCCUACGUCCCUCCGACGGCGGAACCCGUCUCUCUGAACAUUAAACCGGAACCGGUUGAUGGCGAUACCCCAAGAGAAGAAGGCAGCGUCUUUGGGGGACUCGUCAGCUAUUUCUCGAGCCAACACGAAGACGAUUUGGACACCUAAUUUAUUACUUAUUUUAACAAAUAACUUUACUAUAUUAACAACGGGGACCCGUUUAAGUUUUCUUGUUUUGUUUAAUAAAUGUGACGUGAAUAUAUCGACUGCAGAACUAUUAGCAAACAGUGAAUCAGUGGUAGUCUAGCUUUACGUUUAGUGUGAAGUGAUCAGGCCGGGACUCCCCCUAACCUUGUACAUAAUCGCGAUAGAUAAUUUUAUUUAUAUAACGACAUCCGGGCAAUCGACGUCCGUGUAGAAUAUACGCUAUGUAUCAUAUAAAACUAGUUGUUAAGUUAGAGAGCUAACAAAGAGAGUAAUAUGAGUCUUUUUGGUCUCGAAUAAACGAUGUAUUAUUUUUGGUUCUGUUAAGUGAGAUUUAUUUAUACAGACGAUAAGUACUUACUGUAUACUCUAGAUAUGAAUUUUAUUAAAGAUCAAUAAAUAUGAUUUCUUUUUGCAAAAUAAAACAUUUUCUUUAA